AGAAGAAGAUGAAGAAGAAGAAGAAGAAGAAGAAGAAGAAGAAGAAGAAGAAGAAGAAGAAGAAGAAGAAGAAGAAGAAGAAGAAGAUCAACAAAUAGAAGUUUUUUUUUUUUUUUAACUAGCUGUCCGUAUCUACAGUCCUCAUCAGUUAAUAGUGGUAAUAAACUGUGUUUACAAACCGACAAUAAACACCAGCAAAAAAAGAACAAACGGAAGUGAUGACCAACAGAUGCGGAAGUAGCGAAGCAAACCCGCGAAAUACAAGAAUGGCCGUAGGAGAAAGAAACGACUCCUCGGCAUGUUGAACCUCCCAAAAGUUUCUCUCCACAUCAGGGUCACUUAGAGGAAAAAAGACACGUCUGUCUCCAGAACGUGCCGCUUUAUCAUGUUGAUGAGCCCAGAACAGGAGGCCCUGAUUGGCCGAGUGUUCGAAGCCUACCUGACAGAGCAUCACCAUGACGACAUUCUUCAGCUUAACACAGAUGCCAGUGAGGAGACCCAUUAUCCUGUAGUGGUGAACGCCAUGACGCUGUUUGAGGCUAACAUGGAGGUCGGGGACUUUUUCAAUGCUUAUCCCAACGAAGUCCUGGCUAUAUUUGAUGACGUGUUGCAGAGAAAAGCCGUGGAGAUCUCAGAUGAUGCUUCCAGAGUCAAGCAGCAGAGACUGAGACAAACUCUUCACACUCGAAUCACAGGUUUACCGGUGUGUCCAGAACUGAUCCGACACACCAUUCCCAGAUCCAGAGAUGUUGGACACUUCCUGUCUGUGACAGGGACCGUCAUACGUACCAGCGUUGCCAAGGUUCUGGAGCAUGAGCGGGACUACAUGUGCACAAAGUGCAGACACGUUUUCAAGGUGCAGGCAGAGUUUGACCAGUUCUACACCUUCGUCCCACCUGUGAUCUGUCCCAGUCCUGUUGGCUGUAACUCGUACAGGUUCAGCUGUCUGUCCGAUGGAUCUGAGCCAGCUGCCUGCAGGGACUACCAGGAGAUCAAGAUCCAGGAGCAGGUGCAGAGGCUGACGGUGGGCAGCGUUCCUCGUUCUUUAGUGGUGGUUCUGGAAGACGACCUGGUCGACAGAUGUAAAUCUGGAGACGACGUGACCGUCUUUGGUGUGAUAUGUCUCCGCUGGAAGCCGUUUUCUGACGGCGCUUGCUGUGAUGUGGAGCUGGUCCUCAAAGCCAACAACAUGGAGGUGAACAACCAGCAGGCUGCUGCUGCGCUACUUUCCAAGGAUGUUCAGAGAGAGUUUGAGGAUUUCUGGAGCAGCUACAGACACAAUCCCAUCGCUGGAAGGAACCAGAUCUUGUCAAGUCUGUGCCCGCAGGUUUUUGGGAUGUAUGUGAUCAAACUGGCCGUGGCCAUGGUGUUGGCUGGUGGGGUGCAGAGAACAGACUCUUCUGGAACCAGAAUCAGGGGUGAGUGUCACAUGCUGCUGGUUGGAGAUCCAGGUACCGGGAAGUCUCAGUUCCUAAAGUAUGCAGCUAAAGUCGUGUCCCGAUCUGUUCUUACUGCUGGCAUUGGAUCAACUAGUGCAGGCCUGACAGUUGCUGCGGUGAAGGAUGGAGGUGACUGGCAUCUGGAGGCCGGAGCCCUGGUUCUGUCCGACGGAGGUCUGUGCUGCAUUGAUGAAUUCAACAGCAUCAAGGAACACGACCGCAUCAGCAUUCAUGAGGCCAUGGAGCAGCAGUCCAUCAGUGUGGCCAAAGCUGGGAUAGUGUGUAAGCUGAACACCAGAGCCACCAUCUUGGCAGCUACCAACCCUAAAGGCCAAUAUGACCCCAAUGAGCCUCUUUCUGUCAACGUGGCUCUGGCCAGCCCUCUGCUGAGCCGGUUUGACCUGGUUCUGGUUCUGCUGGACACCAAAAAUGCAGAGUGGGACCGGAUCAUCUCCUCCUUCAUUCUGGAAGAUAGAGGACUUCCUGCUGAGUCCUCUGCCUUGUGGUCCAUGGAGAAAAUGAAGGCUUAUUUUAGCGCCAUAAAGCAGCUGCAGCCUCAGGUUUCUGAGCAAGCCAACUGCAUCCUGACCCGGUACUACCAGCUGCAGCGGCAGAGCGACACUCGCAGUGCUGCCCGAACAACCAUCCGCAUGCUGGAGAGUCUGAGCCGACUGGCUGAAGCCCACGCCAGACUCAUGUUCAGAGAGACCGUAACCAUAGAGGACGCGGUGGUCGCCGUCUCUGUCAUGGAGUGCUCCAUGCAGGGGGGCGCUCUGCUGGGAAAUGUGAACACGUUACUGACCUCGUUCCCUGCUGACCCUGUUCACCAGUAUUGGACUCAGUGUCAGGCUCUGCUGGAAGGACUGGACCUGCCUCUGUUGCUGCACCAUGAGAUGGACAGACUGAGCAGACUGAGGAGCAGCUCCUCAGAGGAUCUAGAUCCACAUCAGCUCAGCACCUCAGACUCCAUCAACACAACAAGAAGCCUCAACAUCAGCACUGAUGGGACUGCUGGUGUCUCAGAGGAGGGAGGUCUGGAUGGGUUCUGCACCAUCAGUCCACCGGUUACAUCCACCCAGUUCAACCAGAACAGGAGCCUGAACUCUGGUUGGUCCAUCAAACAUCUGAGCUGUCAGACUGAGGAGGAUGAUGUGAGUAACACUGAUACUCCACAUCUUCUGGAAACUUCAACCUUUGCUUUAGAAGACAAUGAAAAUAAGAGCCGAGGGGACAGAAGGAAAAAUGAAACCUGUCAGGAGAUGUUUGGAUCUAAGUUUCACGAGGUUUCCAGAAAUCUGAUGGACAGGAGAGUCCAGUAUGAUGAAGAGAACCGAGGAGAACAUGGAGAUGGAGCUCCACAUCCCGCUUCAGAUUACCACCCAAACACUCCAUCAGCUCAAGAUGGAGACAGCAGACAGGAGGAGGAGGAGAGGGGCCUGAUAGGGAUGAAAAACAGCAGAGAAAAGAUGGAAAACCACACAGACCUUCAGGUAAAGCUGUCUGGUUUUAUCUUCAAACCAAAGAAGAUGAGACCUUCUGUUCAAAACAUCGCCAUUCCAGCAGAGAAACAAAUAAAUCCAGGACUAAACCCACAGAACCCACAGAACCUGCUCAGACGGCCGGACCCGAACCCACAGAACCUGCUCAGACGGCCGGACCCUGUCCCACAGAACCUGCUCAGACGGCCGGACCCUGUCCCACAGAACCUGCUCAGACGGCCGGACCCUGUCCCACAGAACCUGCUCAGUCGGCCGGACCCUGUCCCACAGAACCUGCUCAGUCGGCCGGACCCGAACCCACUUCCAAAUGCAAGAAAGAGAAAAAUGAGAGAGAAGGAUGAGACAGAAAAUGGACCUGAAGCUGGUUCCUCAUCUCUAUCAGGAAGGCUGCGAGAUGUUGGUUCCCUUAGAAAGCAUGAGGUGGAGCAUGGAGAUGUUAAAGAGAGGAAAUACAUGGCUGUCGUCUGUUCCGAUAACUCGCCUAACAUCAGAAAUCCCCGAUCAGCCCAAACCACGACAGCUGUGGCUUCCUCUGCUGCCGCCAAACUCUCCAGAUUCUCCUUCUCCUCCAUCGAUCCGCCCACUGCUCAAAGCAACGAGACGAAGCGUCCUCUUCAGAGAGACGGUGUUGAAUUGAACUCCUCUCAGAGGAGGACAGAACCUGCAGAGAACAUGGAGGAGGGGACAACCCAAGCAGCUGCAGGAGACAAACAACCCUCUAUAAAACAGACAGACCUCUGUCCUCCUGCUAUCUUCAUGGUUGACGACGGUCCAGUCGGCAGUCUGAGGAAAAGGGGGUGUUUCCGUCUCGGCCCAGCCAACGACUCUUCCAAGCCUGUCCCAUCGGGAUGGUCUCUGUUCACUUCCUCCGAAUCAUGUAAUGAUGUUCUGGAUAUGGACUGGGACCAAGAGGUUUUAUAAAGACCCCCAGAGCCUGAAACCACCUGCUCUCAUCCCAGAAAAGACUAGCUCUUCACCAAAUCUGCACUGGAUUCGCAUCCGAUCUUUACUGGAUCUUCACUGGAUCAUCAUGACCACAACUGAACCUCAGUCUGAAAGUGUGUAUUGUUUCUGUCAUUUUCGUGGGUGCAUGUGUGUUACAGCUGAGGCUGAUUGGCUGGAAAUUUCAUUAAACAAGCUUUCUGUC